CCACCUAUCAUUUGGAUUUUACUCUGAUAGAGUACCACACAACAACCAUGGACGACAACUCUCCCAAAAUUUCUACCUCACAACUUGAUUUUCUCUUCCUGUAACAUAUCCCCACAAAAGUACAGGCCUUUGGCUCUCUGCUCAGCGUCCCUGAACUCGAAAAAUGUCCCUUUGUUUCUCCUCCAAUUCAUUGGCCACUCUUCAUUCUCUGCCGAAUAAUCAAAGCUUCUCAGCACGUUUCUCUUCUCAGUUCAUCAACCAAAUCCAGGUAAGCUCUAUCCCUAAUGCUCUGACAUCUUCAUCUCUAAAAUUAAAAUUAUCCCAACCCUUUAAAUAUAGCAUUCAAAGACUCAACCCCAUUACAUGUUCAGCAGUCCCUGCUGUUGAAACCGCCCCAUCUUCCUUCAGAAACAAAAACCCAAAAGAUAUUAACGUCCUGGUAGUGGGGUCAACUGGGUAUAUUGGAAAAUUCGUGGUUAAAGAGUUGGUUAGUAGAGGGUUCAAUGUUAUAGCCAUUGCUAGAGAAAAGAGUGGGAUUAAGGGUAGAAAUAGCAAGGAAGAGAGUUCGAAUCAGUUGAAGGGAGCCAAUGUGUGCUUUUCAGACGUGACCCAUUUGGAUUCUUUGGAGAAAUCCUUGGACAGUUUCGGGGUUUCUGUUGAUGUUGUAGUCUCAUGCCUUGCUAGCCGCUCUGGUGGUGUAAAGGAUUCAUGGAAGAUUGAUUAUGAGGCAACAAGGAAUAGUCUUGUUGCCGGCAGGAAUCGUGGUGCUUCUCAUUUUGUGUUGCUUUCUGCAAUAUGUGUGCAGAAGCCCCUUCUUGAAUUUCAGCGCGCCAAGCUUAAACUCGAGGCUGAAUUGAUGAAAGAAGCUGAAGAGGAUAAUCGGUUCACUUACAGUAUUGUGAGGCCAACUGCAUUCUUUAAAAGCUUGGGGGGUCAGGUUGAGUUGGUGAAAGAUGGGAAGCCAUAUGUAAUGUUUGGUGAUGGGAAAUUGUGCGCUUGUAAACCGAUUAGCGAGCCAGAUUUGGCAUCCUUUAUUGCGGAUUGUGUGUUGAGUGAGGAUAAGAUUAACCAGGUUUUGCCGAUUGGCGGACCGGGGAAGGCGUUGACACCUUUGGAACAAGGGGAGAUCUUGUUUAGACUCUUGGGGAGGGAACCCAAUUUCUUGAAAGUCCCAAUUGGGAUAAUGGAUUUUGCUAUUGGGGUUCUUGAUUUCCUGGUUAAGAUUUUUCCUUCCAUUGAAGAUGCUGCUGAGUUUGGGAAAAUCGGAAGGUAUUAUGCAGCCGAGAGCAUGUUGGCUUUGGAUCCUGAAACUGGAGAAUACAGUGCAGAGAAAACGCCUAGCUAUGGAAAGGACACAUUGGAGGAAUUCUUUGAGAGGGUACUGAGGGAGGGGAUGGCAGGUCAGGAAUUAGGCGAGCAAUCAAUUUUAUGAAGUUGGUGAAAAAAUCAUUUAGAGUUUGUAAAUUCAAAAGCUCGAUUGGAUCAACCAGUUUUGUAAUGCGGUCUACUUCAAGGAAUUUGGUUUCUUCAUUGGGACACUGACUGUAUCUUAUGAGUUUCAGGCAAGUGCUUUCCCAAAUAUUAAUCUUUGCGCUCUUAUUAUCUGCUGUGAAAUGCUAUAUUUAAUAUAUUAUUGUCCAUGUUGAUACAUACAUGCCUGUAUUGUUAUCACUGUACUGAUUUUUCAUGUCUGGAAACUGAGUUUAUUUCUUUGUGCUGCCUGCAAAUCAUAACUAAAUCUUAAAAGCAUCAUUCCUAGUUCUUAGGCUAUGAAAGGCAGCAAGCCAAUGAGGAGGGAGGGCUGCUAGUUUAAACGAGGUUGAUGCUCCAAGGAAGCAAAAAAAAUUUCUGGAUUUGUUGCAUCCAUAGUCAAAGCCAUGGAUAUGGCCUUUGUAAUAUUGUGGACAUAAGAGUGCCAGUUUGGUAGAGCAAAAAUCAGUGAAGCUAAAGCCGAUUGCGUGGCCCAUUUUGCAUUAGCGUUAAGCAAGUCACCGUCCCACACUGGGAAGGUGACACAAGAGCGAUGCAGAGGCAAGCUAUAAAAGGGGAAGCAAGCGUCUCAACAAAGCAUACCUUUCUCGGCCUUUUGGCUAAGAUCAAGUGUAGUAUCUGUUCUUAUCAGUUUAAUAUCUGAUACGUGAUCCAUCGGAUCACAUGAUAUUAAAUUAAUCUUUUUAGGGGGAGAGUCCAUCACUGUAGCUUGCUACUGGGUCUCUUGCGCGUCGCCCAUGCGUUGCACUAUAGCUCGGGCCUGGCACACCCCACCCAAA